GAAAGCAUGAAGAUUGUGAUUAAUCACUUCCGAAUUGGUUAACCACAAGUCUUUGAUGUCCUUCACCAUGUUGAUAAUACCUUCUCUGUUGUUUUCUUAGCUUGAUGAUAUUAAAAUAUGAGCAGAAUGAGAGUUUCAAAGCUUCAUGGAUUUCUCCAAAACCUCUUCGUUCCUUCAAAAAACAUUCAUUCCCAGAGAGUACCCAGCAGCAGAGAGUACAUGAGGAACGUAAUUGGGAAUAUUUACAGAACCCUAAAGUAUUCAUCUUGGGAUUCCGCUCAACAACAGCUUCAAAAUCUCCCUUUGAAAUGGGACUCAUACACUGUCAAUCAGGUUCUCAAAUCACACCCUCCAAUGGAGAAAGCGUGGUUGUUCUUCAACUGGGCUUCUCGUCUCAAAGGGUUUAAGCACGACCAAUUCACUUACACAACCAUGCUAGAUAUUUUCGGUGAAGCAGGGAGAAUUUCAUCAAUGAAACACGUUUUCAAUCAAAUGCAUGAGAAAGGGAUAAAGAUUGAUUCUGUUACUUACACUUCAAUGAUGCAUUGGCUUUCGACUUCUGGGAAUGUGGAUGAAGCAAUUGCAUUGUGGGAUGAAAUGAAAUCAAAGGGAUGCUGCUAUCCUACUGUUGUUUCUUAUACUGCUUUUAUAAAGAUUCUUUUUGAUAAUCACAGAGUGAAGGAAGCUACUGCUAUUUACAAGGAGAUGCUUCACAAUGGCUGCGUUCCAAAUUGCUACACUUAUACAGUUCUAAUGGACCAUCUUAUUGCCUCUGGAAAAUGCAAAGAAGCUCUUGAGAUUUUUCAAAAGAUGCAAGAGGCUGGAGUUGAACCUGAUAAAGCUGCAUGUAAUAUUCUAAUCGACAAGUGUUCUAAAGUUUGUGGGACUGUGUUCAUGACCAAAAUACUUCAGUAUAUGAAAGAAAACCGUCUUGUUCUUCGCUACCGUGUUUAUGUCAAAGCAAUGGAAGCUUUAAAAAUUGCUGGUGAGAGUGAUACCCUUCUAAGGCAAGUCAAUCCACACUUUUAUUUGGAUAGUAGCUUUAAGGAGAAGGCACAUGACAGAAACACGGUCAUUGCUGAUUCUUCUUCUAAUAUAGAUAAAGAGCUUUUAUUGGUUCUCUUGAGAAAUAGAAAUGUUGUUGCUAUUGACCACUUAAUUCAAGGGAUGAUGGAUAAGAAAAUAUCUGUAGAUAAUAAGGUUAUCUCAACCAUUAUAGAGGUAAAUUGUAAUUGUUGUCGACCUGAUGGUGCAUUGUUGGCUUUCAACUACAGUGUAACAAUGGGAAUAAGUAUUGAGAGAACAGGAUAUCUUUCCUUAGUGGGACUGUUGAAUAGAUCAAAUAUGUUUUCAAAACUGGUGGAAAUUGUUGGGGAAAUGACUAGAGCUGGACAUUCUCUUGGAAUCUAUCUGGCUUCGCUUUUAAUUUAUAGGCUUGGUUGUGCUAGGCAGCUAUCUAUUGCCUUAAAGAUUUUCAAUCUAUUACCUGAUAAUCAUAAGUGUGUUGCUACGUACACUGCCUUAAUUAGCAUUUACUUCUCUGCUAGAAGAGUUAAUAAGGCGCUUGAAAUUUACAAAAUCAUGUGUCAGAAAGGAAAUUGUCCUACGUCGGGCACUUUUAAUAUAUUAGUAGCUGGUUUGGAAAGAAAUGGCAGAUUUUCUGAAGCAGGAGUUCAUAGGAAAGCAAAGAAGAACCUAAAUUCUAAUAUUGGUUCUCAGGAAAAUCUUUCCACAGAGGGAAGGAUAUGCGACCUUCUAUUUGCUGGGGAUGUAAUACUUUGAUUUUGAUGCAUUGAGAAUUCUCAUUGUUGAUUCAAGCUGAGGUCAUGGUGAGUAGUUGCUAUUGGAGAAUGAAAUGUGCCAUUUAUGCUGCUUGACACCUGCUUUUUUUGUCAAGAAAUUAUGGAUGUUUUUAUCCAAGAUCAAGUUCAUGAGAAAUGCCAACACGGUCGUAACUGGACGUGUCUACCUUUGCAACAUCUUGCAGGAAAUGGUUUGGAAUAUAUAACUGAAGCUUGUGCUCUUCAGGGCAGCCAUAUGUUGCAUAAAACAAGAAGGAUGUUCCCUUCCCAGAUGCUUAUAAUUUUGAUGUCCCAGCUAGAGACAGGAUGUGUGGUUGUUAAACUGUGGGAGGACAGCUAUCACACUUACCAGAAAAUCCCCGACUUAAAACAUGAUCGCUGUCAAAGUAUCUCUUCUACUUCGUAGGCAUCCAUGGUAUUUCUGCAAACAAGUCUAAUUCAAUGCUAAAUUUUCUUUCAGUCGGGCAGGUGCCAAUUACAUGGAUCAGCAAGAUCCUUGUCUCAAAUUUCCAUCUUACCAUUUUCAUGGGAAGAUUAGAACUUACCUUCCUGUCAUAGACAAUGGCUUCACAUAAUAUAUUUAACCUACUUAUAUAAGUGAUAUAUUUUUUAACGUUA